GUGACAUGUGCGCAGCUACAGUGUACUGUAGCGCAGCUGUGGUAGCUUGCGCGUGCUCUUCACGGAAAAAUGGCAGCCUCCCGUCGUGAAGUGUUGAGGCUUUACAAGGAGUUGAUGCGCGAGUCUGGGCAGUUCAAGAGUUACAUUUAUAGGUCUUAUGCAUUGAGACGUGUGAGAGAUGCCUUCAAGGAGCAUAAAGCUGUUCAAGAUAUAGAUGAAAUCAAUGAGCUUCUAGAUGAUGGACUGAAAAACUUGGAAAUCAUCAAGCGGCAGGUGGUCAUUGGCAAGCUCUACAGGGCUUCUGACUUGGUCAUUGAAAAGCAGUUUGCACAGCAGCGAUGACUCUGUAAAGCCACCCUUUGCUGUAGCUUUUUGUAAAUUGUGUACUGUUCCUGCAUCCUGACCACAACCCAUCCUGGCUUUUUCAAGCGCUGGGUGUCAGUGUGAUCUGGACAGGGCCUUGAGGUUGCUGCUUCCCUGCAUAAAAAAUAAUUGGGCACUCUUUAGAGAUGGCAUGUCUAUAGACAGAAUAAAAUGUGUUAAUGGCUAGCAGGC